GGUCUGGCUAUAUUGCUUUACGUCAAUAUUCAGGAAAAAAACUACGUCGGACGGAGGACUUACCCCUCGCAAGCGCCCUAGAUAAGAGAUCCUCAUACGCAGCGAUGCGUCCGUGCUCUUCAUACCGAAGAGCAUCAUAUGCUCUAUUCCAGAGGAAACCGCCCGCCAAUUCCUCUUUUUUGUCUGCCGUUUCGCCACAUACCGCUGUUUGGGGUAUCCCCAGAGUAUUGUCGCCAUUGUUUGUGAGCGGCGUAUGCAAUGCUGCGUUCGAAGGUAUUGGCGGAACUGUCGGUGGAAGGAGGGUUGAGGCAUCUACAGUCGACGGUUAGGGCGGGAGGAGCUGUCGUUGUCAAUGGGGCAGCAUGCUGGGGACAGAGACCGGAUUUCCCCAAGCUUGUCAGCAAGAAGAGGGAAAGUCAUCGGUGCUCAGUACCUUGUGAAGAUUCCGCUGAAGAGGCAAUCGCUCUCUCCUGGGGAGAGGUAUCCUGUGUCUUGGAUUUCGCUGGUUUUCGUCCGCAAAAUCCGAGUCGUUCCAACCACCUUUUUAAGCGCCGGCCAUGGCCUCCAGUGAGUGCCGAAUUACCUUCAAAGGGCAGACUUCGCUGCUGCUGCCAGAAUGGUCGUGCGAGGAUGUCCUGGUUGCACUUUUUGGGCGUUGAGGGGCUUGUGUCGGACGAAGCCGCCUUAUUGGCUGCAUUCAAUGGACCUCAGUGGAUGACUGGUGCCAGCACUGCAACCCCUCUUUCUUAUACAGUACCUACUGUACUUAGUCCACUCCCAUGCCCAUCAACAGCAUGGUCAAUCAAGAACUUAAGCACCUUUAAAUUCAAUCCACUGCUUUGACUCGGAAUAGCUUCUUCCAGCGCAUAUCUCAGCGGUCACCGCUCUGCAGGUUUCAACAGUUUGAACGGGAGCAUGACUGACCCAUGCACAAGCCAAUAGAAUCAGGUCGCUGCCGCUCCCUUACAUCAACGUGGCAUUUCCCUCAGACGU